GCUCGCUUCCGACCUCCUACCAACGUCGGAAGUCCCGCGUCGUCGCACCUGCGACAAAUCGAAUCUCAGCGAUGCCCCUCCCCCCGCUCUCCUCUCUCUCCCCGCGCGUAUCGCGCUCCCCCGUUUCCGCCGCGUUAGCCUGCGCAGCUCAGCACCUCUCCGCCAGUAGCACCUCCCGCGCGGCACACAUUUCCGUCCCCGCAUCUCGCGCGCUCCGCCUGUCUCCCCCUGCCACUCAUCCGCGUGUCGGUACCACAGCCGCUGUCCUUCCGCCGCGCCGUGUUGGCCAGUUUCUCGACCGCUGCGCAGCUUCGGGCCGCAGAAUCGGCGGGAUCACCGGCAAUUCCACUGGGCUCGCGAGAGGGGUAGUCAAUCCAGUCUUUAACGCGUCCGCGCAUUCCGCCGCUUCCGCCGUUUCCGCCAAUUCCGCCAGCGCGCGGGUAGUUCCCGCCAAAGCCCAGAUGACGUCCGCAGCUGCUGGUGACGCGGGCGGCCUGCCUGAGAUCAAGGGACGCGUGGAGGCGAACGGGCUGGCCGUGCUGACCAUGGACCGACCCAAGGCGCUGAACGCCAUGAACCUAGGCAUGGACCGAGCCUACAAGGCGCUGCUGGACGAGUGGGCGAGCGACCCGGGCGUGAAAGCCGUGCUGGUGGAGGGAUCCACGCCCCGGGCGUUCUCCGCUGGUAUGGACAUCAAGGAUGCGGUGGGGUACAUCAAAGAGGACAUCACCACUCCCUAUGUACCUCAGGUGUUCACAGCGGAGUACACACUGAUAUGCGCCAUUGUGAACUACCCCAAGCCGUACAUCGCGCUUAUGGAUGGCGUCACUAUGGGCUUUGGCCUGGGGCUCUCCGCACACGGCCGCUACCGCGUCGUCACCGAGCGGUCUCUCAUGGCCAUGCCUGAGAAUGCCAUUGGUCUCUUCCCUGAUGUUGGCUUCGCCCGCAUUGCCGCUCGCUCGCCUGCCGGCGGUGCUCUCGGCACGUACAUGGGCAUGACUGGAGCGCGCAUCAGCUCGCCCCACGAUGCGGUGCUGGCAGGGCUGGCCUCGCACUACGUGCCGUCUGCCACACUGCCCACUCUCAAGCAAGACCUGCUGGCCGCUGACUUUGCGUCCUCCCCCGCAGACGCCGCAUCCCUGGUGGAGUCCCUCCUUGCGCGCCACGCGCAGCCCACUGUUGCAGCAGGAGCAGAGGGCGCGUCCCUCCCUGCGUCUCAGCUGGAGGCGCUGCUGCCAGCCAUAGAGCGGUGCUUCCACCGCUCGCAGUGCCCCACGGUGCAGCACGUGCUGGGCGCACUCAGGGCCGAGGAGCAGAGUGACAACACCACAGUGGUGCAGUGGGCCAAGGACUCCCUGCAGGCCAUGGCAGCAGGGGCGCCCUUCAGCCUGGCCGUCACUCUCAGGCACUUCCAUGCGCUCUCUGCGCAAGCUGCUGCCGCCGCUGCCACCGCCCCCAACCAUGCCGAAGCUGAGAAACUCCUCCCUAUAGAGGAUGUGAUGCGCACGGAGUACCGCAUGGCACUGCGCACGUCCACGAGGCCCGACUUUCUGGAGGGUGUCCGUGCAGUGCUCAUAGACAAGGACAAGAGCCCUAAGUGGUCACCGUCCUCUCAAGAGGAGGUGGAUGAAGCUGACGUGGAGGCUGCGUUUGCCCCGUUUACCAAUCCGUCCGACGAACUUGCAGUUUGAUCCACAACUGCAUUCUCGCGGAUAAGUGCCCCGCCAUAGGAUUAGCCCCCGAGGCCUAUAACGAGGCAAAGGGGCCUAAACUCUUCGAGAUUGGACACUUACCCUCGUGAUAAAUAAUGUUAACAAUUAUACGCUGUUCCCUGUUCUGAGAAUGUGUGUUCUUUUGAAGUCGGGCUGGU